UAACGUUUGCCUAAACAAUUUACGGUUAAUAUUUUGGUAGUAACUGUUCUCUAUACGUUCAUACAAGUAACGCCAUAAAACUGUUAUUGCUUGGCGUGUAUUGUUCAACCGCUGUCAUUUGUUGUUGUGAACUUUUUUUCUCCACGAAAAGUUGCGUUUGUUUGCAAACAAAGAAAAGCCACGUGUAGAACGAAAGACUCUUGGGAAAUGUUGUUUCUCUAAGGGGAAAAAGUAAGCGACAACAAUCAAUUUAACUCAAAUACCCAUAAUGCACCACCAGCACCAGCCUAGUGGGCGCAGUGGGCUGGAUAUUUUUUUGCCUGACAAGUAUAUAUGGGUUCUGUUUUUACUGUUAGCCAGUUUGAGCCCUUUUGUUUUUAUCAUCCCCUGAAAGCCAAAAUGUAUCGGCUAUAUAACAGCCUACCUUGUUUGCCAUAAAUAUUCGAGGGCAGACAUUGUUAAAGAUAUUGUUAAACUAUAUUUCAGGAUAUAUAGCUAGAUUUAUUUUUGUUUUGUUUUGUUCACUUGUAACCGAAGAGGAAGUUUCAUCUGGAAACGUCUCUGUAAGGUCGUCUUAAAGCUUAGAGAAGGUCUACGUUUAAGGUAGCAGCCAUGGUGUUGAUUCUGGGCAGGAGGAUGAACAGGGAGGACUCUGGGAUCAGAGACUCACCAGCUGUCAAACGCAAGGUGUUUGAGGUUGACUCCAAAACCUUUGCCAGCCAGGAUGUCUUGGACUUCUGUUCUGGCUCAUCCCACUCAGAGGGCAUUCUGCAGGUAUUCAAUGAGUUUCGCGACUGCCGCCUGUUCACUGAUGUUGUCAUCAGUGUGCAGGGCCGUGAGUUCCCCUGCCAUCGCGCUGUGCUCUCUGCCUGCUCCUCCUACUUCAGAGCCAUGUUCUGCAACGAUCACCGCGAGAGCCGCGAGAUGCUGGUCGAGAUCAACGGCAUCCUGGCUGAGGCGAUGGACUCCUUCCUCAACUAUGUUUACACCGGCCGUGCCAAAAUCACCACAGAGAAUGUCCAGUUCCUCUUUGAGACCUCCAGCCUCUUCCAGAUCUACACACUGCGUGAUGCCUGUGCGAAGUUCCUUGAAGACCAGCUGGACCCUUGCAACUGCCUGGGCAUCCAGCGCUUCGCAGAUGCCCAUGCCCUGAAGCAGCUAGCCAGCCGAUGCCGCAGUUACGCCAUUGCCAACUUCUCAGACGUGGCUCAGCACGAGGAGUUCCUCGACCUACGCAAAGAAGAGAUGGAAGAGUACACUGGCAGUGAUGAGCUGGCCAUCGGUAAGGAGGAAGAGGUGUUUGAGGCAGUGAUGAGAUGGGUGUACCACGAUGUGGAGCACAGGAAGCCCAUGCUUAAGGACCUGCUGCACCAUGUGCGACUGCCCCUUCUGCACCCCAACUAUUUUGUCCAGACAGUGGAGGGAGACCAGAUUAUCCAGAAUGCUCCGGAGUGCUACCAGCUUCUCCACGAGGCCAGACGCUACCACGUGCUUGGAAAUGAAAUGAUGUCACCCAGAACUCGUCCACGCAGGUCGACUGGAUAUUCUGAGGUGAUUGUAGUGGUGGGGGGUUGUGAGAGAGUGGGGGGCUUCAACCUGCCCUACACUGAAUGCUAUGAUCCAGUCACAGGAGAGUGGAAAUCCCUGGCCAAACUACCUGAGUUCACCAAGUCAGAGUAUGCUGUCUGCGCCCUCCGCAAUGACAUUCUGGUGUCAGGUGGUCGUAUCAACAGCAGGGACGUGUGGAUGUAUAACUCCCAGCUCAACCUGUGGAUCAGAGUGGCUUCUCUUAACAAAGGCCGCUGGAGACACAAGAUGGGUGUCCUACUGGGCAAGGUCUAUGCUGUAGGGGGCUAUGAUGGGCAGAGCCGCCUGAACAGUGUGGAGUGUUAUGACUCCUUCUCUAACCGCUGGACGGAGGUGGCUCCCAUGAAAGAGGCGGUCAGCUCUCCGGCCGUGGCCAGCUGUGCCGGCAAGCUCUUUGUCAUAGGAGGAGGGCCUGACGAUGACACUUGUUCAGACAAGGUUCAGUGCUAUGAUCCAGAGACGGACUCUUGGUUACUGCGGGCCAACAUCCCCAUCGCCAAGCGCUGUAUCACAGCAGUGUCCCUCAACAACCUGAUCUAUGUGUGUGGGGGUCUCACCAAGUCCAUAUUCUGCUACGACCCCGCAGAGGACUACUGGAUACAUGUGGUUCACACCUUUAACAAACAGGAGAGCUGUGGCAUGUCAGUGUGCAAUGGCAAGAUCUUCAUCCUUGGUGGCAGAGGGGAAACUGGCGAAGCAUCAGACACCAUCCUGUGUUACGACCCGGCAACAGGGAUCAUCACAGGAGUGGCAGCCAUGCCGAGGCCGAUCUCCUACCAUGGCUGUGUAACCAUCCACCGCUACAAUGACAAGUACCACAGGACCUGACCAUAAACAAGCACACACACUAAAGAACUUAAACUCUUUAAAAACUUAAGCUCUUCAAGUUCACCCCCUGCACAACACAAACACACACUUCUUUAUAACAUGCACAAUUAAGGAGCUCAGUCCACAGUACCGUUGAGCUAAUUUGUUUUCUCACCGCAUCAUGUAGCAAUACUCAUUGUGGUGCUGUAAAUCUUUUGCUGUUGUGUACCAUAGUUAUAACCCUUCUGUGGAAAUGCUAAGUGGUUGAUGAUGCUAAUGACAUGUCUGUAAGUGGAGUCAGAUCAACAUGGCAGAUCUGCCUUGCAUUAGCAGUAACUGCACAAGGCUGGGAAGUAAUGGAUCAUAUCUCACAUAAGUAAAGGAAACAGAUUAUGAUAAGGGUAAAAUAAAUAAAAAGUAGCAAUAUAAUAAAUAUUUGAUUGAAAAAUUUUUAAUUGCGAGAUUAAUUCUUAACCUUAGGAUCAGAUAUCUGUGGUAACAAUAUUCGAAACUUAAGGUUCACUUACUAUUAAGUUUACUGAAGAAGUGGCCGGGUUGGCUCAGUUGGUAGGGCGGGCGCACAUAUAUAUAGAAGUUUAUGCCUUGACGCAGAGGUCCAGGAUUCGAGUCCGACCUGUGGCGAUUCCCUGCAUGUCUUCCCCCUCUCUCUCACCUAGCUGUCCUGUCCAUUAAAGGCGGAAAAGCCCAAACAAAUAAUCUUAAAAAAAAACCCAAAAGUUUACUGAAGAAAGCCAAGGUAUAUGGUUGAUAACUCAAUGAAAAGUAAGUAAAAGUUAGUUCCGAUUAUUACACGGCCUUGUUGAAUACUUCAUUCUGAUUGGUCAAUCACGGCAUUCUACGGUCGGAUUUUUUUCUUCUGUAUAACAGACCGUUGCUAAGUAUAACAGACUGUUGCCAUGGGUGGAGAUUUGAUCACAGACUCUGGCGGACCAUUUUUAAAUCAACAUUUGUGCUAUACGGAGCUCAUACCGCUAAUCAGCGAAUCAAAGGGAGAGAGAGGGUGGAGGAAACGGGGAUCGCUAGCAGAGCUAAUGGCAACUGUGCAAACCGAGCAUUAGUUAGCUCUAACAUGUUUAGCUGACUCACCGGGGCGACCUGGCUUCCGCCGGUCAUCAGCGGUAAAGUUAACCGUCCCAACCGGGACGCAAGACAAGUAACCUCUGUAUGAGUAGCUGUGUAAUACGCCGUGUAAUACGUCAUGUAAUAAGCGGGAUAUGUGGAGCUCACUCUACUUUAAUACUAACUGAAAGGGCUAAAACUCCUAAUAACAUUAUUGAGUUUUAGUAAUGGAUUUUGUGACGACAGUGAUUAUAAGCAGGUAAUCAGUUUAAAAGUGAACUUCCCAACACUGUGCUUUUAUUACUGUGCAAAGUAACAUCACCAUGAGAUCUCGGUUGCUGAUGAGCUGAAAUGAACUCAGAGAGUGCUGAUGAACAAAAAACAAUGCCAUUAGGCAAACAUUGAAAAGAAUGAGCCAAGAAUGAUCUGCCAGCCAUAGGACUUAAUUUUAGACCGAUAGAUGAGAUGUCAGGUCAGUUUUCUAACCCUGUACCCACUGCACUCCAUGCGGAUACGUACAUACAGUACAGCACAGUACUGGUAAAGAACAUUAAAAAGUACUGUCCUCCGUUUCUUUUAACUCUUGACUCCUUGAUACUGAAAAUGACCUGAUAAAAACAAUGUGGUAAACAGUCAGCCAGCUGCUCUUCCACAGUAUAAGUGGUCAUAGGUACAAGUUGCUCUCACGCGUUGGCCCAGAUCGGUGUUAAGAGAAGAGAUAAAGAGCGGAGGCUGGAACAAAAUAUUGGAACACAGCCACUGUUAGCUUUUCCCUUUCUGUUUCUUUUUUUCCACAUCCCUCCACUUAUCACCUAGUUCUACUUCCCAUGUGCAUGUCCCUUUUCCAUCCUCCAACCUCACAUUUAGAUAUCACCUUUUUAAGCUUUAUUUUUGCUCCAUUUUAAUUCUUAUUAUUACACUCAUUACUGACUCUUUUAUUUUAAGUUAUACUUUUUUUGUCUUUUAUAAUUGGAUGUUUACUGUAUUAUAAGUAGCUUUAGUGUGUCAUUUUAUAUCAUUGUUAGUUCAUUGGUGUACUGGGUUGUGGGUGGUUUUGUAGAUGUGAGAAGCCUUUGUAGAUCAAACUCAAAGACGGCUCUGAAUUAGUGGUGUGCAUGUAUGGUAUGUAUGGUAUGUAUGCGACUUUUACAACUCUGGAUGUGUCGGAGCCAAGGAGGUUUAUCAAGGAGUUCUAGUGUAAGCAUUGCACAACUGCUAACAGGGGUUUUCACACUAAUGGUGGCACCUCUCACCUGUGCACUUACAUGUUAUUCUGGGUAACCAUAGAUACCUCCAGGCGUGUAUGUGUAACUUACUAGUCAGCUAAGGUGGUGGUGGUGUGUGUAGCAGAGCUACACCUCACACAGGUGGGUUAAGAGUUCUGAAUGACAAGGAUUUUGGAUGAUGUGGCUCAUGGUCAGUAGACCUUUUACUACAGUAGGCGUUGAUAGACUAGAGAUAUUGCUGUGAAUAUAACUUCCAUUUUUUUUUUCUUUGUGUAACUUGUAUUUAAAUGUUUGGUUGCAUAUUGAGUUUUUCUGUAACAGAGUAUUUGACAGCACUUUGACAGACAGAAUCCUGUUAAAUGUAAAAUUAUAUGACGUUGAUUUCCUUCUUUUUUUUUUUUUUUUUUACUGUAUCAGUAAAUGUUCUUUGCUUUCAUGUGAUGUAUGGAAGAGACUGUAAAAGGGCCCGUCAGCGUCUCCUGUUGGCCGUUACCUGCUAUGGCUCGGUUAUUAUAACAAAAACAACAAAAACUGCUAGAGAGAGAACAAUGUGUGAGGAAGAGAGUUUUGGCUUUCAAUUUUAGGUUAAAAAGUUGCGGCUCAGUGAGUUUACAUUUGUUAACAAUGUGUAACUUCAUACACAGCAUAAGCAUAAGAACAUCAGGGAUUGUGCCUCCGUCUGUCAGUCACAAUGACCAAAACAGGUGGAGGUCUUUCGGCUUAAACCAUCCUCGAGGCAGUUAUUUCUUUUCUUCUUUUUCUCAGAAGGAUGGGCUCGGUGUCAGGUCUUCAACAGAAGUACAAGCUGGAAAGAAAAACAUCCUCAGGCCCGCCCCACACUCCUAGACAUAAGUUACAUACUUAGGGGUAACUCAGGAAGCCAACAAGAGGAGGCUAAGAGGAAAUAAUGUGGUAAAGCAGAAGUUAGAGGGAGUUAGAUAAAUAGUGAUAGAGAGAGAAUUUGAGUGUGUGUGCAUUUGUGAUUCCACUGAGUAUUUACACAUAACACCUUAUGUUGAUUUAUUGGUUUUCAUUAUUAGCUUUAUAGAGGCCUUCAUACAUCGUUUGCUUUGAUAAGAUUAUUCAUCGUUUUUGUCUAUUGGUUUGUUUUUGUUUUUUGAUUGUUGUGUGACCGUUUGUUGCUGAGAUGUUUUGACUUCCACAUGCAGAUGGCAUGCCUUAAAUUAAACCCCCAAGAGCUGAGCAUUAAAUGUUGAUUGAUGGAUUUUUUGCCAUAUAUAAAAAUAGAUUAAAUUCAAACCCCCUUUGUUGAAAAAUGCAGGUGGGUAAAUUGCGCUUGUAUGCAAGAUGGGGGCUUUAACAUGUUAAUUGCAGAAUGUUGCCCUAUGUGCCUUAAUAAAAGAAUGACGAGUGGUGAAUUAAAUCUUAUCAUUUUGUUAUAAACUUUUCUUAUUGUAUGUAUGAUGUGAUAUUUUAACACCACUUUCUCCUCAGAUGCUCUUUGUCUAACUGUGAGGAAGCUUUGGAUUUUUGUAAACUGCAGUAUGAAAUGUAAUGGUUGACUUGUGUAAGAGAAACAUCAAUAAAGUUUUUCUUUCCAUC